AGAGGAGCUCACGAGUUGAUGAGUUGUGGGCGGGUCAUUUUCAGAGUAUCUGAGGGCAGAUUUGACUAAAAAGGGGUCGAGCUGAGAGGCAGAUUAGAGACCAGUCAGCCUUCAGUCCUUUAGUUCUGAGUCUGCAGUCCAGUACUUAUUUUUAGCCCUGUAGUCGACGCGUUUUAGUCUUCUUUAGUCAUAAAAUUUGGUCGGUGAGUCGAAACAGUGUUGUUUUCAGCUAAGUAUGACGGACCAGAGCCGGAUUCUGAUAAAAGGAGGUAAGGUCGUGAAUGAGGACUACUCGGAGACGGCGGAUGUUCUGCUUGGAGACGGGCUUAUCCAGGCUGUGGGACCAGACCUGCAGGUACCACCCGAAACGCGGGUGAUCGACGCCCGCGGGAAGCUGGUGCUACCCGGAGGAAUAGACACGCACACGCACAUGGAGCUGGCCUUCAUGGGAACUGUGGCUGUGGACGAUUUCCACACCGGCACCAAGGCUGCUGUUGCCGGAGGGACCACCAUGAUCCUGGACUUUGUCAUCCCGCAGAAGGGGGCGUCUCUGCUGGAGGCGUAUGAGAGGUGGCGGAGCACAGCUGACCCCAAAGUGUGCUGUGACUAUUCCUUGCACGUAGCCGUCACGUGGUGGGAUGAUACUGUGAAGAAAGAGAUGGAGACGCUUGUGCGGGAGAAAGGCGUGAACUCCUUCAAGAUGUUCAUGGCAUAUAAAGAUGUGUUCAUGCUGCGUGACCAUGAGCUGUACGCUGCUUUCUCUCACUGUAAAGAGAUUGGAGCCAUUGCACAGGUCCACGCCGAGAACGGAGAUCUAAUUGCAGAGGGUGCCAAGAAGAUGCUGUCUUUAGGCAUCACAGGGCCGGAGGGCCAUGAGCUGUGCCGUCCUGAGGAGGUGGAGGCAGAGGCCACCCAGCGUGCUAUCACCAUCGCCCACUCUGUAAACUGCCCACUCUAUGUGGUCCACGUCAUGAGCAAGUCUGCCGCUAAAGUGGUGGCUAACGCUCGGAGGAACGGCCGAGUGGUGUUUGGGGAGCCCAUAGCAGCCGGCCUGGGCGCUGAUGGCACUCACUACUGGAAUAAAGACUGGGCCCAUGCUGCAGGCUUCGUGAUGGGACCCCCCCUGAGGCCUGAACCCAGCACCCCGGGCUACCUGAUGGACCUGCUCGCUAACGAUGAUCUGAACGUGACCGGCACUGAUAACUGCACAUUCUCUGUGUGUCAGAAAGCUCUGGGCAAAGACGACUUCACUAAAAUUCCCAACGGGGUCAAUGGAGUGGAGGACAGGAUGUCCGUCAUAUGGGAGAAAGGCGUGCAUAGCGGAAAAAUGGACGAGAAUCGAUUUGUAGCGGUCACCAGCAGCAACGCAGCAAAAAUCUUCAACCUUUAUCCCCAGAAAGGGAGGAUUGCCAAAGGCUCUGAUGCUGACCUGGUCAUUUGGGAUCCUAAAGCUACCAGGUUGAUUUCGGCGAAAACCCACCACCAGGCUGUGGACUACAACAUAUUUGAGGGCAUGGUGUGCCACGGCGUUCCGCUGGUGACCAUAUCCGGAGGCAGAGUGGUUUACGAGGGCGGUCGAGUGCUCGUUGAACCUGGAACAGGACGGUUUAUUCCCCGCAAACCCUACGCUGAGUUUGUGUACAAAAGAAUUAAACAGAGAGAGGAGGUGAGGAAGCCCAGUGCAGUGGCCAGGAAGCCCUACAGUGGAGAGGUCAUAUCUUUGGCAUCAAACGGAUCAUAAAGUAGAGGGAAGAGAAUGGAUUUCCUCAGGGAGUCAUUUUUCUCAGGGUGGAGAAUUGUUCCUUAUUCCAGAGGGACCGAGCACAUUUCAUCAACCAGCCUCAGUGGCUGAGAAUUCAGUUCCUCUUCUGAGUGAGCAGAAGUUAAAGGACAUCUGUCAGGGUUAAACCUGCUGGCUGCACGCCAACCACAACUAUUUCAGCAACAUUAAGACAAAGCAGAUUCAUAAUGGAUCAUGCUAUCCGGGAGAAUAUUUUAGUAAUAAACAUGCUACUGUGAAUCUUGUCUUGUGGGGCCAGAAGUGAUUUUAUAACAAGAAUACAAGUCAACUGGGGACAACUUGUUAAACUUUUGGUGCUGGAUUGUGGCGAAAUUCACUGCUAACAAGUGUACGUCCCCUUUAAAACCCACCCAGUCCACUAGUCCAUGCGUUUUUAAUGUCUGCAGUGCAGCUGCUGUUUUUUGGGGGAUGUUUCAGUCAUACCAACUUCCGUUACAUCCAUGGGCUAAUGACCGGCUCGGUGUCUGUCAGACAAGCACACCUUUGCCCCCAGACGUACACAAGUCCCCCACUUAGGUAAAAGUACAAGUACUCUGGUAAAAAAAGACUCUUGUAUAAGUAUAUUGUUUACAUUUUUACUCAGUAUGUACUUAAAAGUAAGUAAAAACCAGGUCAAGUAGUUUUUGUACGUCAGGUGAUGGAUGGGAUAUUUUUUCAGAUGUAUUUACACCUUCCAGAAUACGCUGUCCAUCCUGAAUAUGUCUCGCUGCUAUUACUUUCUCACUGCAUUCAGAUGUCAGAGUGUUUUCCAGUGUCUGAACCGUUGAGGAAUCCACCUGUGACUACUUUAUAGGUGGGCUUGUGGGCAGGAACCACAUCAUACAUCACACUAAAUGGACUAAAGAAACUCUUACUGCACUUCAUUUGAAGGAGGAAGAAGGAGAGAAAAAGUCCACCAGGUUUAAUUCUUCUUGAUCAGCCCAUGUGAACAUUAGCAAUGUUAGCAAGCAACUUCAAUACUACAACCUGCACAGAGACACAACAGUGUAUUUCUACAUUAAACUACUGUCCAAGCUACAGUGAUGAGGGAUCAUCCUCGUCUGCUUCUCAAGGGUUUUAACCAUUUGCUGUGGUUGUCCCAGAUGUUCUUGUUACAAGAUCAUGUCUGGCCUCAUGAGACUACUGUGGACCAUAUAGUGCGCAUGUAUUCCAAAUAUAAACUGCAUAAAAUGUUUAUUUGACUUUUUUCUUUAUUAGUCACUUAAUGUACAGGAAUCAUAUUAAACUGAGCAAUAAUUCAAUGUUGUCUGUAUGAAUAAGUUCUGUAAAUAAAAUCUAAAAACAUUUCA